AUGCGUCUGUUUGUUGUCCCUGUGCUGCUAGUGUUCGGUUUCCCAUUGAUCAUGACUAAAAUUGUAGAUUCCUUCAGUAAAUGCAGCGAGUUUUUCGUGAGAUCGAAACCUCCGGUGAUUCCUGACAUUCUGAAGGAUUCAGUUUCAAAGGACAACAACCGCUACAAACUAAUCUGCCAAGACAAGGUUUAUUUUGCCACUCUCUAUGACACAACCAACAAGAUCCCAGUUUUCUCAGCAUACAAAUAUAUUAAAACUAACGUAAAAACUGACAGAAAGAAAAACUUUGUGAUUGACACUGAGCUUAAAGAAGAUCAAGCUAAAGAUAAAGACUACAAAAACCAGAUAAAGAUGUCUCGAGGUCAUCUAUUCCCGAAAUCCCAUGCAGCUAAUCAAGAAGCUGCUGAUUCUACAUUCACCCUGACCAAUAUUGUGCCACAGCAGGAGCAAUUUAACAAUGGUGAGUGGAAUACAAAGGAAGAUGAGUUUAAAAGCAGCAUGGAUAGAGACUGCUUGAACAAUAAUGGUAUAGCUGAAGCCUUUGUGGUGACCGGAGCGAUACCCAGUGAAAAGACCCUGCUGAAUAACAAAGUGAACAUCCCCACACAUAUGUGGAUGGCGUUUUGCUGCUUUAACAAAGAUACAAAGAAAUGGAUGACCAAGGCGUACUGUGCCACAAAUGAAGAAAAAAGCACAGCGGUGCUUCCAGGAGAAACCCUAGCUGCAUUACAGAUCUUUCUUAAUGACAAAUGGAAGAGAAAUAUCAAACUCUUUCCUGACGACUGUAAAUAA